AAAGAAAAGUGUGAGGGCUGUGGCUGGGCGAAACAGAAGUGAUGAGAGAGCGAGCGGGGAGGCUGGAGGAGGCUGCCCGUCCUGUCGCCGCGCCCCGCGGGGACCGCCGCUCCUGCCGCCGCCGGGCGCCCCCGCGGCCGCCCCGCCGCCCCCGGCCCGCGCCAUGGAGGCGCUGAACGGCCCCGGCCCGGGGCCCGGCGACGCGCUGCGGCCGCCGCCGCCUUCGCCCGGCCACCACCACCCGCACGCCGAGAAGAAGCGGCUGCACCGCGCCCCGUCGCCCGCCAGACCCUUCCUCAAGGACCUGCACGCCCGCGCCGCCGCCAAGCCUCCGCCCGCGCCCCCCAAGUCCCCCGGCCUCCCCGCCCGGGCGCCCUCGUCGCCGCACCCGGGCGUCCACCAGCCCUCCGCGGGGCUCCUGGCGGCGCCGGGCCGCCUCUCCCGCCGCCCCGCCGCCCCGGGGGGCAAGGCAGCGGCCGCCGCCGCCGUCACCGCCGCCGGCAGGGCGGGCGCCAAGGCCGCCCCCUGCGCCAAGCGGGCAGCCCGCGGGCCGGAGCCGGGGCCCGGCGGCCGGGGAGCGGGGCGGCAGCCCGGCGGGGAGGCGGCCCCGCCGCCCGGCAAGGGCAGGAAGGCGAAGCGGGGAGCGGCGGCGGGCAGCGGCCAUGCGGCGGCGGCGCUGGCCCGCGUCGGCCACACGGACAGCAGCUCCGACCUCUCCGACUGCCCCUCCGAGCCGCUCUCCGACGAGCAGCGCCUGGCCCCGGCCGCCAGCAGCGACGCCGAGUCCGGCACCGGCUCCAGCGACCGGGAGCGGGAGGCGCCCGCCGCUCAUCCCGCCGCUCAUCCUGCCGCUCAUCCCGCCGCCGAGCAGCCCCGCACCGGCCCCGGCCCCGGGCGCGGAGCUCCGCCGGCCCUCGGCUCCCGCGGGGAUGCGCUGCCCGCGGCCACGGGCGGGGGGAGAGCCCCGAGCCGCGGGGAGCCGCCGCCGGCAGCCCCCGAGGAGCUGCAGCGGGAGGUGGAGGAGCUGCGCUCGGAGAACGAGUACCUCAAGGAUGAGCUGGAUGAACUUCGGGCUGAAAUGGAAGAAAUGCGUGACAGCUAUUUAGAGGAAGAUGUUUACCAGCUGCAGGAGCUCCGGCGAGAGCUGGACCGGGCGAACAAGAAUUGCCGCAUUCUGCAAUAUCGUCUCAGGAAAGCUGAACAGAAAAGCUUGAAAGUUGCACAAACAGGCCAUGUGGAUGGAGAGCUCAUUAGGAGCCUGGAACAAGAUUUAAAGGUAGCCAAAGAUGUUUCUGUCAGACUGCACCAUGAGCUGGAGAGUGUGGAGGAGAAGCGAGUUAAAGCAGAAGAUGAAAAUGAAGUCCUUCGGCAGCAAAUCAUUGAGGUGGAAGUAUCCAAGCAGACGCUGCAAAAUGAGCUGGACAAGUUAAAAGAGAGUUCCCUGAAGAGGAGAGGCAGCAGAGAAAUCCACAAAGAAAAAAAGACAUUUACCCAGGAGGACAGUGCUGAUUUGAAGUGCCAGCUCCAGUUUGCCAAAGAGGAGGCAGCGCUGAUGCGUAAGAAGAUGGCCAAACUGGGGAGGGAAAAGGACGAACUGGAGCAGGAGCUCCAGAAGUACAAGUCCAUCUAUGGAGAUGUGGACAGUCCCCUGCCUACUGGGGAAGCAGGGGGCCCACCCAGCACCAGGGAGGCUGAGCUGAAGCUUCGUUUGAAGCUGGUGGAGGAGGAAGCCAACAUACUGGGCAGAAAAAUAGUGGAACUGGAGGUGGAGAACAGGGGGAUUAAAGCUGAGAUGGAGGAUAUGAGGUGCCAGUAUGAGAAAGAGUGUCUCAGCAGGGACCACAUUUCAAGCAUUCCUACCUCGCCCUACGGAGACUCUGUGGAGUCAGCCACGGAGCUACGCAGGCACCUGCAGUUUGUGGAAGAGGAAGCAGAGCUGCUGAGGAGGUCAAUCUCUGAAAUUGAGGAUCACAACAAGCAGCUAACGAAUGAGCUGAACAAAUUCAAGUUCGAGCCAGGCCAGGAGCCAGGCUGGUUGGAUGAUGCAGCAUCCAAGGGUGGUGGGACCUUGCAAGAGGAACUGAAGUCGGCCAGGUCACAAAUCAAUGAGCUGAGUGGGAAAGUGAUGAAGCUCCAGUAUGAGAACAGGGUCCUGAUGUCCAACGUCCAGCGUUACGAUCUUGCCUCUCACCUGGGCCUGCGCACCUCCAGCCCCAGGGACAGCGACGCCGACAGUGAUGCCGGGAAAAAAGAGAGUGACAGCGAAGAUGGUCGUCCACCACAGCCAAAGAGAGAGGGGCCUAUUGGGGGCGAGAGCGACUCCGAAGAAGUCUAUGAGAAGACGUCGGGUUUUGGGAGUGGGAAGCCAUCAGAAGUCAGCGACCUGUGCUCCACCGAGCUCAUGAGAGUGAAAGAGGACACCGAGUCAUUAAUUAACAUCAAACGCGAGGCUGAGCGACUGGAAAGGACUGUGGAGCGCCUUAUCACCGAUACGGACAGCUUGAUUUAUGAUGCAAAGGUGCACGUAACCAGCAGCCCAUCCCCUGAGCAGGAUUUCAGAAGUGGUGAGGAAAGGGGAGAAGAUAAGCAUGAGCCAGAGCUUCUGGAUACUGUCAACUCCAGGAUGAAAGCUUUCCGGAAGGAGCUUCAGACCUUCCUGGAAAAGGUUGAUCACAUUGGAGAGGGCCUUAAGGAGCAGAUGGAGGACCUAUCCCCCCUUCCCCAUCUCACAGAGUCUUCCAGUUUCCUAUCCACAAUGACCUCCAUGUCCCGAGACUCUCCCAUUGGUAACCUGGGGAAGGAAUUGAUGACUGACUUCCAGUCCAAACUGAGGGAUCAGAUGGAGUGGCAGCUCAGACAAGAUCGUGGAGAGGAGCAAGAGAUUCGCCACCAGCGAGCCACCACCGACCCACACCGCAGAGCUGAUGGAGACAUUAAACUCUACAGGCCAGGAGACAAGGGCUGUUUCAGUCUAGAGAAUGUAUCGAUACAGGAGCUUCAGGCUCAGCUUGAGCAGGAGACAAGACUUCACCGAGAGGAGCAAGAAAAGUUUUCAGAAAGGAUCAUCCAGCUGGAGGAGGAGCAUAUGCAGACCCUGCGGAGAAAAGACUUGGAAGUGCAGAGCUUGACUUUGCAGAACAAACUGGAGGAGAAGACCUGGAGUCAGGAGAAAAAUCUGCUGCAGCAGGAACUCAGGCAUUUCAAGCAGGACACCUUUCUCCUGUAUGUCAAACUGAAGUGGCUGCUGAAACACUGGCGGCAAGGCAAGCGAAUGGAGGAGGAAGGGGAGGACACAUUAGAGAUCGAGCACCCUGAGGCCCUGCCAGACUUCAGCAUUCAGCCUGAGCAGAAGGCAAAUGAUGCAGAACAAGAGGAGGAGGAAGAGGAUGUUGUGUUUGCACUGACAGAUUUCUCCCAGCAUCCCACCACGGAGAGCACCGAUCAUGGACCACAGCUGCAGACUGCAGAAUUACUGCAGCAGCAGAAGCAGGCAAGUGAAAACCGGAAGCUGCUGAAUGCUCUGAAGGGUUUGCUGGAUGAGUUCCGCUCGGAGCUGCGGGACGAGGAGCGCGAGCGCCAGGGGCUCCAGCAGCAGUACGCCCUGCACAAGGCAGCCUGGGAGGUGGAGGUCACUGAACUCAAGUGUCGCCUCCAACAGCUGGAAGGGAAGAGUGAGAACACCUCUGGAGAAACAGGUCUCAGUUCAGAUGCAAAGGGAGCUUUUAAAAGGGAAAGAGAGGAGCACAAGAAGCUUCUGGCUGACAGUCACAGUGUGGUGAUGGACCUCCGCUGGCAAAUCCAGCACAGUGAGAAGAACUGGAACCGGGAGAAGGUGGAGCUCUUGGACAGGCUUGACAGAGACCGGCGGGAAUGGGACCGUCAAAAGAAGGAGCUGCUCAGGCGGAUAGAGCAGCUCCAGAAGGAAGCGAGCCCACGGAGAGGAGGCGGUUUGAUGUGUGACCAGGGCGAGAGCAGCCGCCGGCCGUUUACGCCGCAGGGGAGCCUCCGCGUGCCCCGUUCCAUGGGGUCCAGGUCCUACUCUGACUCCGACACCAUUCAGUUUGAUGAGCGCUCGCUGUCCAAGCUGAAGGAGAGCGACCGGUGCAGCGCCACGGAAAACCUCUUUCUGGAAUCGCUGUCCCUCGACUCCCCCGACGAGCCUGAUGAGCAUCGCUCUCGGCAGCUGGAGAGGGAGAAAUUCUUGACUGGACUAACAGAAGAGGAAGAAACACAUAAAGGAAAUCUUCAAAGGGCAAUGUCCGUUUCUUCCAUGUCCGAAUUUCAGCGCCUGAUGGAUAUUUCUCCAUUUCUACCAGAAAAAAAUUUGCCUUCAUCUGACAGCAAAGAUGAUAUAACACCUCCCUUGUCUCCUGAUGAUCUGAAAUACAUUGAGGAGUUCAACAAAAACUGGGAUUACAGUAACACUAGGAACCAUGGUGGGGCAACUGAGAAGCCUGCAGAGGGUUGGGCAGAAAGGACAGAAAUUGGAAAAGCCGGCAAUGAUCCUGCUUCAGAUCCAUUCCAGGCAUCCUCAUGGUACCUCACCACCAGUGUCACUAUGACCACCAACACUAUGACCAGCCCAGAGCACUGCCAAAAGCAGCCAACGAGGAGUCACAGUGUUACUGACAAAAUGGGAGUGCGGGUAUUUCACAGCCCACCCGUUGUCCGUAGGUUUGAUAACUCAGUGAUAGCUGGCAGUGAAGGGAAAAACCAGACUGAGCCAGACUUCCUGUUUUCUGUGACCAAAGCUAUGGGGAAUGUCACUGAGACAAAAGGUGCUUCCUCGGACAUGUUUGGAAGGUGGUCUUGUGACCUGGCCAAACACCACAAAGAUUUUCUGGAGAACGGUCUUCAUCCCAUUGAACGUCCUAUUUGCACUACUGUGGGCUUUGCCUCACCCUUGCACAGCUUGGAGAUGUCCAAGAACAUGAGUGAUGACAUGAAGGAGGUCGCUUUCUCUGUGCGGAACGCAAUACGCUCCAACUCCACGGAGCCUCAGUUCAAGGACACGGCGUGCCAAACCAACGGCAUGAGAACGACAGGGACGCAGACCACCCAGACCAUCAGCGUCGGCUUGCAGACGGAAACCCUGCGCAGUAUCACCAGCAGUCCACACAAGUGUCUGACACCAAAGGGGGGGUCCACGCCUGUCUCUUCACCAUCCAGAAGCCUCAGAAGCAGGCAGGUGACCCCCGUCAUUGAAAAGGUCCAGGCUAAGUUUGAACGCACAUGCUGCUCCCCCAAAUACGGCUCUCCAAAGCUGCAAAGAAAAGCCCUUCCCAAAUCUGACCAGCCAAAUAACCGGACUUUGCCUGGCACACCUCAGAAAGGAUUCAGUGAGUCCGCUUGGGCUCGAUCAACUACCACACGGGAGAGUCCUGUCCACACCACUAUCAACGAUGGCCUGUCCAGUUUGUUCAACAUCAUUGACCAUAGCCCCAUCUUUCAUGAGACCUUCCAAAAAUGCCCCAGAUCUGGCAGCCGGUCCAGGUCAGCCGAACCCAGACCGGAACUGGGCACGUUGCAGGAGCCAUGUACAAAUGCCCGUGGCAGAUCACCUAGUCCUCUCCGUCUGGGGACAGAGACACAAAAGGAAGAAGGAUCUGAGGUGACAAGUAUCAGGCAGGACUUAUCUGCUCCUCCAGGGUACACACUUGCAGAAAAUGCUGCCAGGAUCUUGAAUAAGAAACUUUUGGAGCAUGCCUUAAAGGAAGAGAGAAGGCUACCUUCACACAGCCCACCAAAUCUUAGCAAUGACAACAGCACAGGAGAAAUUGUCAAAGUAGAUCCAGGGUCCAUAGAGAACCAAACUGUCUUAUUAACUACCCCCUGGGGACUCUAACCCUGCCUGCCUCACUGCUGAACUGCCUUGUUCUGCACUAGCCCCGUCCCUCCAACCCUGCUUCUCCCGGCCAGAGAGACCAGCGAACCGGCGCCCACCGUCACGAUGGGCCUCACAUUCCCCUACUGCCUCACAGUCGCAGUCCACCGGAGACCUGACUUCCUCAGAGGAGUGCGGAAGCAAGGAGCUGCUGGCAGAGACCCCCAGCCAGGGCGGCGAGCCGGCCUGACUCCGCGCAGGAACAGGGCGGGCCACUGCUCGCCUCCGCCAGGUCGCCCGCCAGCCGUCUCUGCCACGAAGGAGGGAGGCCCCCUUGGAGAGGUCAAAGAAUGUUCUCAGACACAGCUGCUGAAUGUGCAACCUGGGAAACAGAGGUGUUUCUGGAAUGAAACAGUUAAUGUGCCUGUAAUAACUUAAUUUUUUUCAUAGCUGAGAAAACUAUUUUUGUCUCCAUCUUUUCUACAUACAGUAUAUUAACAAAAACAACAAAAAAAAGGGGUUAAAAUGAUAUAAAGUAAGAUUUAAAAUAAAAUGUAAAUUAAGUUUUAAGGGAAUUUGAAUACGUGCUCGCGCUCUCUCCAAAUACUGACUGCCUUUUGGUUAUAUUUGCACUGUUACGUUUUCAGUUUUGGUUUUGGGUAUUUUGGGUUGGUAUUUUUUUUUAAUUUCAUGUAAAACUAGGGUCUUAAGUUAAUUUUAUUCUAUUUUAAUGUCAGUGUUAUCAGUUUUUAAAGGUAAGGUUCUUAAAGAUGCUUCAACUGUCUGAAGCGAUACCUUUUAAGUAGUGAAGAAAGCCAUUAAGCUCGUUCACUAGUAAUUAAUUGAGAUGGAGGGGAAUACAGGUAAACACAAGUAAAUGUGUAAAAAAAAAAGAAAAGAAUGCCUCAGAAAGUCUUACAGAGUUAGCUGUAAAAUACACCUACAAUACUUGACUUGCAUGCCUCUGGGUCCUCGCACUUUAGUGCAUGUACAUACUGCUACUGUACCAUCACAUAAAUGUGAGUCGAUCUGUUUCACUGUAAUAUUGUUGUGAAUUUACCUGUACUGUACUUUUAUUGUUGGUAUUCUUGCAUUGACUAUACAAAAAAGAGUUUUUAAAUUAUUGUUAGCAGUUCAACUGGCUAUGUACAGUGUUUACUGAGAACUUCCUUUGUUUUGGAAAAACCAUGGAAAUCUCUGGGCAUACUAAAUUGUAACUGGUCUUGUUGAAGAGUCUGUUUGAGACCAUGUGAAGUGGAAAUAAAACCCUCAGUAUUUACAA